AUGGACACAAGUAUCGGGACAGCCCAGGAGAGGGCUGCGCUGCUACAUACUCCCGAGCUGCAGGAUUCCGACGCUCAGCACCACACCGCCGCGAUGCUGGACCUGCCGACAAAAACGGUCGACGAAGACGUGGCUGAGGGCCUUGAAUUCGAGCACAAUUUGACGUUUCGCCAAGCACUCGGCAUCUACUACAAGGCCAUAUUAUGGUGCCUGGUCAUCUCGACAUGCGUCAUCAUGGAGGGUUAUGACCAGAUUCUCGUCCAGAGCUUCUUUGCGUAUCCCCAGUUCCAGAUUAAGUUUGGAGAGUAUGUAGGCAGAGGGCCUACGGGAUAUCAGCUGAGCGCACCCUGGCAGGCUGCGCUAUCAAAUGCAUCCGGCGUGGGCGCAUUCUUUGGUGCCCUUAUCAAUGGACCACUUGUCAGUCGCUUCGGGCACAAAGCUGUCCUCUUAGGGGCCUUGAUCAGCCUGUCUUCAUUCAUCUUCAUCACAUUCUUCGCGCAGACCGCUGCAGUUCUUUUAGUUGGCCAGUUUCUUGCAGGAUUUCCCUGGGGCGUCUUCGCUACCACAGCGCCCGCAUAUGCCUCCGAAUGUCUACCUGUAAUCUUGCGAGUUUAUUUUACGAGCUUCACCAACAUGUGUUUUAUCAUCGGCCAACUUAUCGCAGCCGGUGUGUUACGUGGCUUCCAGUCCCGCGAAGAUGAGUGGGCUUUCCGCAUCCCAUUUGCGGUCCAGUGGAUAUGGCCGACAUUCCUCAUCCCGCUUGUGGCUUUGGCACCCACGAGUCCAUGGCACGAAGUUAGACACGGGCGUCUAGAUGCGGCGGAGAGAUCUCUGCGCAGGCUACAAGUCGAGUCACCGUUAGCAGAUCCGAAGAAAGCAUUGGCCGCCAUUGUUUACACGAACAAACUCGAAGAAGAGCUUGAGGUCGGCACGUCAUAUUGGGAUUGCCUGAAGAAGUUUGAACUUCGAAGGACAGAAAUCGCAUGCAUGGCAUUUAUUGGGCAGCCUCUUGUCGGACUCAACCUUGGCUGUAAGUACUUGAAGACACGCUCAUCUACGAUACCGCUGACAAAUAUCGCAAGAUAA